AAAGAAGAGAAGAAGGACUCACAAUCAUCAUGCACGUCACAAUAAUCCAUCAAUCAAGGACGACGAAGGAAGACGCAGAGACGGAAGGAUGGACGUGUUGUGGUGGUGGGUUGAGCGUGCUGUGCGCGCUGUGAGCGACGUUGGGGACAGCGGGAAUGGAAUGACGUGGGUUGCCAUCGCAUGCCUGGCGGCAACAGCGCUGCUGUACGUUGUGCUUGCGGCAUUGCUGGGAAACAUAGCGGAUGGCAGCAGCGACGACAACAAGCGCCGCCAACGUCACCCUCAUGGUCGUGGCGGCGGCGUGUUGCAGUCAACGUCGUUCAAGCUUGUCCCCGUGCACCCAAGCUACCCUGCGCCGCGAGGACAGCUCGUGCCGCAGUGCCAGUGCUUUCUCACAGACAACUACUUUAUUGACAAGCUGGGUGGCCGCGAGGUGCGGCAGCACGUCUCGUACAACGGCGACGACGAGGCGUUCUGCAAGAAGAACGCACGCCUGCUGCGGUCGUGGACUGCGGAUGAGCUGAACGAGGCCCUUGCCAUUCUACGCGACGAACGCGCCCGCCGCGAGCACGCCGCUGAGCGCUCAAAGGAGCGGCGGGAGCGCAUCAAGGCCGAGUACACAUUCAUCACGCGGUGCAAGGAGCUGCAGCUCCACCAUCUCCGACCAGAGAUACGCUCGCUCAUGACGGCGAUUGAGGAGACGUGGACCAUGGACGGCCGCCUGCCGCCAACAACCAACGCGCAGGCCCUCGUCGGCACGGCACGCCUCCUGGAGCUUUCCCCGGGCAUCUACGCUGUGCCCAUGUUCACUGCAAAGUACUGUGCAGAGCUGGAGAAAGAGUUGUCCAACUUUCGCCAUGUCGCCAGCAAGGACCUCAAGCAGAGCAUCAACAGCAUGAACAAACAUGGUGUUUCGCUGCACGAGCUUGGCUUCACUCCAACCUUCAGCAACGUCAUCAUGGCCUCCAUCGCAAACCCGCUUGUCGAGGCGUUGUAUGGCGCUGAGUUCGCCACGCUUGAUCACCACAAGUGCUUCACUGUCGAGUAUGGGGAGAAGGCGGACACAGACCUGAGCCUUCACUACGACCACUCGCUCAUCACCUUCAACAUCUGCAUCACCAGUCUCUUUGAGGGCGGCGAUCUCCAGUUCUUUGGCGACAGUCGCGCUGCCCCUCGUGACACCCCGGUCACGUGGCGCCACCGGUGCGGAUGGGCAGUGAUUCAUCGCGGCCGCGGGUGGCACCGCGCUCUCCCCGUCCGCUACGGUCAUCGCACAAACAUCAUCAUGUGGUUGCGUUCGCGCCGUCACUCGCGCGAGGUUGGCUGCGACAUGUGUGGAAAACCUGUCGUGAGCAAAUAGCACUGACCAGGAGCAACACAGCACCAUGUGUGGUCGUCGUCCAGAGACAAAGUAACAGCCUACAACGUCGCAUUCCCAUGCUGCCGGUUUGUGGCUAGCAGUCACAGACGCGCGCACAGACGUGAACACACACAUAUACACAUGUGUACACAAACAUAUUCACAUGACACACAAACAUAAACACACAAGCAGAUACACAUGACACACAUACACACACCGUUGUGUGAACAACCACAGGCCAUGCACACUCCAAGACUAAACUAUCAUUGUCGUCAUUGAACAAAAGGUUUACGGCAA